AUCUUACACUAUUGGAUCCUCAAAUCUUCACCUUUUCCCUGUCUUUUUUAUUACUCUUUUUCUUUCUUUUAUUUAACUCAAACACAAACCCUCCACACAAAAACACUUGCUGGGUUAUGGCGAUUGCUCAGGAUUUGCAUGUUCUUGCCGUCGAUGACAGCCUCGUGGAUCGUAAGGUCAUUGAGAAGCUGCUCAAGAUAUCUUCUUGUAAAGUGACGACUGUUGAGAGUGGAACGAGGGCUUUACAGUUUCUUGGUUUGAAUGGAGAAGGAGGGUCUCUGGGUUUGAAGGUGAAUCUUAUAAUGACUGAUUAUUCAAUGCCUGGGAUGAACGGAUAUGAACUCCUCAAGAAGAUCAAGCAUUCCUCGGCUUUUAGAGAAAUCCCUGUUGUGAUUAUGUCCUCUGAGAACAUCCUCACUCGAAUCAAUCGGUGCUUAAAGGAAGGAGCAGAGGAGUUCCUGGUUAAGCCCGUAAAACUGUCGGAUGUAAAAAGGUUGAAGGAUUUUAUAAAGAGAGGAGAGCCGGAGGAAAACGGCAUCGGAGAAGUCUGCAAGAGAAAAUUUGAGGAUGAUUGCCUUCCCCCACCUAAGGCAACACCUCCGUCACCCCUACCACCCUCACCACUGACUGUAUCCCCGUUUGCUUGUGAUCCAACAGCGUCGAAACUACCAUCAUCACCCCGACAUUCAUCGAAGAGGUCUAAAUUGCAGAGCAGUGACUAAUUCGAUUUUCGAUUUUUGUCAGUAGCCUCGUAGUUUCUAGAUAUAUAUAUAUAUAUAUAUAUAUAUAUAUAUAUAGGCCAUGAGGUGAAGGAUAACUUUUGUGUAUAUUGCAUUACCCUGGCCAGUUUAGUCGUUGAAAAGAACUAUAAGCAGGAGCAGAAACAGAGAAAUGGAGAGAGAGAGGAGAAGAAAUACAAAUGACAUCCCUUUUGUUCCACCAAAUUCAAUGAA